CCUUUCUGAAUGAUAAUUUUCUCUCAGAUUAUUUAACCUUUUCUUGCCAAAGGGACCAUUUGUGCACAACCUACUAGCCUGCAGAUUGUGUGUGAGAUUGUGAGAUGCUGGUGGUCUGGUUGGCUGCAGUAAUCCCAGUGAGUGGUCCAGAGGCUGUUCUUCAUGUUCCUGGCAGUGGAGCUUUGGGCCAUUGGCUCGUGAGCAUCAGGUUUAAAGAAUGCUGAUCCUGAAGAGAGUGUUCUUUGAGCUGAUGUGCUUGAGGCAGUACUUUUUUUUGAGCCGCAUCUGAAGGAGUUUCCUAGUGAUUGGUUGUGCUACGGUGUACCUCUGAUGGGCAUUGGGAUUAAUUGUCCUGAUGGAGGGUGUUAUGGGUAAGAGAUUAUUUACAUGGUUGCAUGUGACUGGCCCUUAAGAAAGAAACGCCCCUUAUGAUAAGGGGAAGAGGGGGGAGUGAUAUUCCUGUCAAGACUAGGUGUGGAUUGGAUUAGUCUUGGUCUAUAUGAGAAGUUUGGGGUUUAUGCUAGGCUUGGGAGGAAAAGGUUGCGAUUGUGUUUUGAACUUGUAUGUAUGUUUGUUUGUGUGUGUUUGUGGUUGGAGCCCUGUGAAGUGUGUGGCAUGUAGAUGGUUGGAGCUCUGCCACUGCUGGGCUGAAAGCUGAAACCCUGAGAAGAUAUUUACAGAGCGCAAAGCCGUACAGCACAACAGCCUCAUGGUAACCAUGGGACACGGAGUAGGCUGAACACCCUGAGCUUCACACACACACACGCACAACGCCUCAACCCCCUGUAUAUGAGAUGGCCACCGCGUCGGGCGGUGAAAACUGCAGUGACGACCGUGGAGGCUUGUCUCAGCUGCACGCCCAAGUGGUCUGUGCCAAACUCAGGCGCAAGAAGAACUGGUUUGGGACGGCCGUCUAUGUGGAGCUGGCAGGGGAGGGGGAGUCCCGCAAGACCAGCAAAUCCCACAGCACACACAACCCUCGCUGGGAUGAAGCCCUGCUUCUGAAUGUAACCCCACAUACACAUCUGGAGUUCAAGGUGUGGAGCCACCAUGCUCUGAAGGCAGAUGCUGUGCUUGGGAAGGCCAGCCUGGACCUGCGGCAUGCGCUGGAGCAGAAUGGCAGCAAAUUGGAGCGGGUGAGGCAGGUGCUGCCCCUGAUGGUCGAGGGGAAGAGUGGCGUGGUCAACGCAGGGGAGCUGACAGUGGUGCUGGACGGCCUUAGCGUCGACCAAGAGACUCUUCACAACAGCAGCACAAACACAACCAAAAUUCAGCAGAAUGGAGAUGCCAUUCACGAAAAUGGCGACAGCCCGUCAACAAGGGCUCCAAACAGUGGGUGUGUUUCUAACGGCGUGGACAGCUCCGCCUGUAGUGACUCGAGCUCCGCCCCUAUUGUCAACGGAGACACAGACUCCUCCCCUUCUCACCAGGCCGCGCCCGUCCCCAUGCAGACAGACAGCGAUGCAGGCACUCGGACAGUAAAUGGUUCAGAUACUGCUGCAGUGCCAUGUACGGAAGAGAUGCCAGUCGCCGGUAGUUCAGAUGAAGAGCGUGACGGAGCGCCUGCAGACCCCCCUGCCCCUCUACCCUCCUCUUCUUCCUCUUCCUCUCCUGCCCCAGAAGCAGCCGUCGCCCCCCCCUCAUCCCCCCCUCCAGCCUCCAACUCCUCGGGCCCCUCGGAGGCUGCCAAACCACGGCAGCAGACCCCCAACGCAGCCACAACAGAGCCCCUUCCUCCAGGGUGGGAGCAGAGGAAGGAUCCCCAUGGAAGGACAUACUACGUCGACCACAACACACGCACCACCACGUGGGAAAGACCUCAGCCGCUUCCACCAGGCUGGGAGAGGCGGGUAGACGACCGCGGCAGGAUCUACUACGUGGACCACAACACGCGCACCACCACCUGGCAGCGGCCCACCAUGGAGUCCGUGCGCAACUUCGAGCAGUGGCAGUCGCAGCGCAGUCAGCUGCAGGGCGCCAUGCAGCAGAUCAACCAGAGAUACCUCUACUCUGCCUCCAUGAUGUCUACGGAGAAUGACCCAUUGGGACCUCUACCUCCUGGAUGGGAGCGACGUGUGGACUCAAACGACCGUGUGUACUUCGUCAACCACAGCACAAAGACCACCCAGUGGGAGGACCCUCGCACACAAGGGCUGCAGAACGAGGAGCCUCUACCAGAGGGUUGGGAGAUCAGAUACACCCGCGAGGGCGUCCGCUACUUUGUGGAUCACAACACGAGGACCACGACGUUCAGUGAUCCACGCACUGGCAAAUCAUCAGUGAGCAGUAAAGGUCCUCAGAUUGCUUAUGAGCGGAGCUUUAGAUGGAAGCUUGCACACUUCCGCUACCUAUGUCAGUCGAAUGCAUUGCCCAGCCAUGUGAAGAUUACGGUCUCCAGACAGACACUGUUUGAAGACUCCUUCCAACAGAUCAUGGCUCUGAAGCCCUAUGACCUAAGGAGGAGACUAUAUGUGAUCUUCCGAGGAGAAGAGGGACUGGACUACGGUGGCCUUGCAAGGGAGUGGUUUUUCCUGUUGUCUCACGAGGUGCUGAACCCUAUGUACUGUCUGUUUGAGUAUGCGGGGAAGAGUAACUACUGCCUGCAGAUCAACCCCGCCUCCACCAUCAACCCCGACCACCUGGCCUACUUUUGCUUCAUCGGCCGCUUUAUCGCCAUGGCCCUGUUCCACGGCAAGUUUAUAGAUACAGGCUUCUCCCUGCCCUUCUAUAAGCGCAUGCUCAACAAGAAACUCAUCCUCAAAGACCUGGAGUCUAUCGACCCCGAGUUCUACAACUCGCUCAUCUGGAUCAGGGAUAACAACAUAGAGGAGUGUGGCCUGGAGAUGUACUUCUCAGUGGACAUGGAGAUCCUGGGGAAGAUCACGUCUCAUGACCUGAAGCCUGACGGUGCCAACCUACUAGUUACUGAGGAGAGCAAGGAGGAGUACAUUGGGUUGAUGGCGGAGUGGCGUUUCUCCCGGGGUGUGGAGGGCCAAACGAAAGCCUUCCUGGACGGCUUCAAUGAGGUGGUGCCUCUACAGUGGCUGCAGUACUUUGAUGAGAAGGAACUUGAGGUAAUGCUCUGCGGGAUGCAGGAGGUUGACCUGCAGGACUGGCAGAGGAACACCGUAUAUCGCCACUACACCAGGAACAGCAAACAGAUCAUGUGGUUCUGGCAGUUUGUGAAGGAAAUGGACAAUGAGGUGCGUCUACGGCUGAUGCAGUUCGUCACGGGGACGUGCAGGCUGCCACUAGGGGGCUUUGCUGAGCUCAUGGGCAGUAAUGGUCCGCAGAAGUUCUGCAUAGAGAAGGUUGGGAAAGACACCUGGCUUCCUCGCAGCCACACCUGUUUCAACAGGCUGGACUUGCCUCCCUACAAGAGCUACGAGCAGCUUAAGGAGAAGCUGCUCUUCGCCAUCGAGGAAACGGAGGGCUUUGGCCAGGAGUAGGCCCACCCUCUGCUCCCCUUGGCCCCAACCCCUCCCGGCUCACCCCCCCCCCCCCCGCCCCUACCCCUACCCCUCUCACCAAAAGGAAAAGAAUUGCACAGAUAUUUACCAAUGUACAUAAGCUAUUCUCACAUUUCAAACCAAAAUCUUAAUCUGCAACCUCAUGUUAGCGAUUUUUAGCCUCCUCCCGUGUGUCUGGCCGUGAUUAUGCAAGCAAACUCUCCAGUGCUUCUCCUUAAAGGUCUCUGCCUGUCCGUGUGGGUGCGUGAGCAAGACGGUUUGCAUGUGAGUGAGUAAGAUGGUUUGCAUGUGAGUGAGUGUGUGAGCAUAUGUAUGUGAGUGUAUGUGUGUGUGAGUGUGUGUGUGUAAGUGAGUGUGUAAGUGAGUGUUUGUUUGUGUGUGUGUGUGAGAGAGAGACUGAGAAAGUAGUGCAUCUCAGUGCUUGGCUCUAGUUUUAUAGAGCUGCUGAGAUAGUUUGAUUGACAGCUGAGCUUGCUGCUGCCGCCCCCUCUUAACAGUAUUCAACACCGCACUGAGGGGUGUGUCUGUGAGACUGUGUGUGUGUGUGUGUGUGUGUGUGUGUGAGAGAGAGAGAAAAGAGCUGUGCAACGGUGAGUGUACAGCUCUGCGGUGGCCUUACUAAGUAUGUGUGUGUGUGUGUGUGUGUGUGUGUGUGUGUGUGUUUUCGUCUGGGUUA